UUUUUCCGGGUAUCAACUUCGUAGUCUUUCUUCAGCAUUCGGCUUUCGCAUGUUUCGAAGUUUGAUAGCUAACCCAGUGGGGAGAUGUGAGACGAUGGCGUUGGUGAUGUCGAACCUUGUACAGGUGAACCUCACGCUGAACAGGAUGGCAACGCAGCUUUCUAGCAGCUCUGGUAACCCACUGCGACUGGUGCCUCGUUUGUUCCUCACGCAGCCUCCGAAGCUGCGCUAUAGCUUCUCGCGUCGCAACGCAGGACUAUGUCGCGCGGCCGUGCUUUCACGCGACGAGAAGAACCAUCUUCUGUUAGGCGUGGAUAAAGCUCAUGUGGACGACGUCGCUCGUAUUCUAGAGCAGGCACGAACCGCAGCAGAUAGAUGGGAAGUCGCACACUCAGCGUUCCUCACUCCACCAGUUUUGAACGAUGCCCUAACAGCAGUACGAAGACUGUCAGAUGUGGGGGUUUUGGUGUCUGGCGGUUAUGCUCAGGCAGAGAGGUGUCGACUUUCAGUUGGACAUGUAGAGACUAUAGAGGCGGGCAGCCUUGAAGGAGGGAAUGCUGGUUACCCUGGAGCAGUUGCAGCAUUAAGUGUCUCUGGGAAUUUCAUGUUUGAGAGUGCCACACACGGAGACUUCCUAGGAUCUAUCUUAGGCACGGGUGUUACUCGUGACAAAGUGGGCGACAUAAUUAUGCAGGGAGAGAAAGGAGCCCAGAUUUUGGUGGUUCCUGAGCUAGUUGAGUUCUUUUGCUCAUCACUAGUGCAGGUGCGUAAUGUAGCAGUACAAACCUCAGCUAUACCAUUGAGCGCACUCCAAGUAAAAGCACCUAGGGUGGACACCUUUAAGUCAGUGGAGGCUUCGUUGCGUGUUGAUGCGUUGACAAGUGCCGGCUUUCGCAUGUCGCGGUCCAAAUUAGCUGAACUUAUCAGUAGUGGAGAAGUGAGAGUCAAUUGGAAAGAAGUAACCAAGACGAGUCUGACUUUGAAGACUGGAGAUGUUGUCUCUGUACGUGGGAAGGGAAGAAUACAGGUAGGGGAAAUUGUCAUGACCAAGAAGGGGCGGUAUGCAGUGGAGUUAACACGCUAUUUGUAGUGUGGUUAAGCUUAUCACUUUUUAGGUGAAGUUCAAAAUUAAAAUAGUUGGUCAGAUGGAAAUUCUAUCCCAAGUGGACGAUCCAGUUUUUGCAGAAAAUUCUCUAAAUAUUCUCAGUAUAUAAUUUUACUUUGUCAUUGACGGGUUUCCAAGUCCUUCAUAUCAGAUAUAUGAGAUGUUUUGAACUUCCAAGUUUCCAUA